AGAAAUUUGUUGUGGGAUGGAACAAUACUACUCAACAUAGAGACCCGAAAUUAUGAUGCAGAUCUCCGUUCAGAGUCCUUCGGCGCCAUCUCUUGGUUUGGCGUACAAGCUGGAUAACGCAGUUGACGAGAUGUACUCGAAUGGCACCAACUUGGACGCGAACAUGGAAUUGUCCUACCCGAGGGUACCCAUCCCAAGGCAUAUCAGUGGGGCAGAGGGUGACCACUUUAGCGAUGUGCAGCCGUUCCCUCAAUCGCUCAAGAAGUCGAGAGGAGACAACGUCCUUGUAGGUGGGGCUGCGAUUGUCAGCUCGUGGCAGGCGGCAGCUCAGAAGCAUGCUCUGAAGCAGCAGCAGAAGGCUGCUAUGGGCCAAUCAGAAUUCGAGAUCGAGGAAAGGAUCUCACCAUUUGCCUCCAACUUCUCGCAAAUGUCCGGCGAGGACGAAGACGAUGGGAAGCUUGGAAAGAGGAAGCCCAGCACGACGCCCAUGGAGUUGGGGAAGGGAGAAGGAAGUGUGGAUGGACCGGAAGGGCAACUAGGAAGGGCUGAAGGAAGUAACUUCGGGAACCAGGGCAGCCGAGAGGAAGUAGAUGCUAUCUUCCAUCGGAUGACGAUGGAGCUGAGCAGAGAAAAUUCUACUCUCAAGAUGCAGCUGGAGAACUCUCGUGCCAAAGUGCAGGAGCUUUCGUUCCAGCUCAGCACGGCGCAUGCAGCCCUCCGAGAGCUGCAGGGAAGCGAUAGGCAGCGAGGGCCGGCAGGGGAUAUGAGCAUGCCGACGGCAGACUGGUGGGCGUUCGCACAGGAGGGCGAUGGGAGCUGGCGGCAGGGCCACGGGGGAGUUGGACGUCAGGAACUUCCUGCGACAGCAGCCUCAUCAGCCGUCCCAGCAAAAUGA